AUGAUUCCACUUGACAACGUCGAAGCUCUGAUGGCUUUUUGCCAGAAUCGUGAAUCUUGUGCCCUUUUUGUCAUCACUGAGAAAUUUAUCGAUGAGUCGAGGUGCGUGCUGGUGGUCAUCAUCUCAGUUGCCGGCGCAUUCCGGAAAGGGAAAAGCUUCCUGCUCAACUUUUUCCUCGAAUACCUCUACGCGCUGCAAAGGGCGCAACAACAAGAAGCGCCGCUGGAAUGGCUAGGGGACGACUGCCAGCUUCAUGGAUUCCACUGGAGGGCGGGCACGAAACGCGACACAGCCGGUAUCUGGAUGUGGGGCGAGCCGAUCAUGAUCGAAGGAGGCACGGGCGAGAAUUAUGCCGUCGUACUGAUGGACACGCAAGGCACCUUCGAUAAUGCAUCCACAUACCUUCAAUGCACCACCAUAUUCGCGUUGUCGACCAUCGUCAGCUCGGUGCAGAUCUACAACGUGGUCGACAAUAUUCAGGAAGACGCACUGCAGCACUUGUCACUUUUUGUGGAAUACGGUAGACUGGCCGUGCGGGACGCCCAGCAAUUCGGGAGCCCAUUUCAGUCGCUCGUAUUCUGCGUGCGCGACUUCAAGGCGCCCGAGGAUUUCCCCUACGGCAAGGAGGGCGGUGUGCAAUUUUUGGAGCAGGUUUUGAAGGUAGAAGAGGGCCAGGCGGAGGAGUUGAGAACGGUGCGCGAGCAGCUCGACUCGUGCUUCGAAAAAAUCCAGUGCUUCUUGCUACCACAUCCAGGCUAUCGGGUGGCGGAAAGGGGGUCUUUUCGCGGCCACGUUAAAGAUUUACGCCCAAUAUUUCGGGAGGAAAUUCGAAAAAUGGUUGUCGCAUUGUUGGAGCCACAUGUAUUGAAGCCAAAGGUGAUCAACGGCAAGCCGGUGACGUGCCGAAAAAUGAUGCAAUUUUUUAAGGCUUAUGCCGCCACAUUUGAUGGCGGAACGCUUCCGGAACCUCGCAGCAUUCUGGAUGCGAACGCUCGUCUCCUGCUGAUGGACGCGUGUCACGAGGCCAAACUGCAGUACUCCCGCGGAAUGGAUCGGUCGACGUGCGGCCCACGUAUGAUGCCGGAAAAGCGGCUUCUCGAGCAACACAUCAAGCACGGCAUCACGGCGCUGAACAUCUUCGACAAGUGCCCGAAGAUUGGGUCAUCGGAAGUGAGGUCGGCGAUGCAGUGUCGGCUCCAGGAGGAUAUUAAUGCUGAGCUCGAGCGCUACAAGCGGUUGAACGAGGCGAAACGGGUGACGGGCUGCGUAUCGGCGAUGACGGCCUGUGGAGACAGCCCGUUAUUGGGUGUCGGUCUGGGUGGAGCCGCUUCCGGCGCCGUCGCCGCUACGGUAAUGACGAUGCAGGCGGGGCUCGUUUCGGCUGGAAUCGUGGCGAUACCGGUGGCGUUGGCGACGCUUUUUGUGAUAUGGGUGUACGUCUACACGAAGCCCUACGUCGAGCAGUGCUUCAGCAAACAGGAAAAGGACGAGCUGGAGAUGAAGGAAUUU